AUGUCUGACCCUAAUGCAACGCUCAUUGAGUGUCGCGUUGAAUACGCCCUUGGAAGUGUCAUCAUAGCUGCAAGAUUCUUCACGAGAUGGAAGACAUUGGGAUGGCGAGGCUUUUACUGGGAUGACUUCUUUGCAUUCUGGUCGUGGGUAUUCUUCACUCUCAUCUACGUUAUGGUGGAGUAUCUCAGUAUAAUGGGUGCACCUAUAGCCAUGACCCAAGAGCAGCGUGAAGCACUCCCACCAGCGAUGCGAAAGUCGAUGCGAGAGGGUGCAAAGGGCAUGUUUGCCUCGUUCUACUUCUUGAUCUUCUUAGUUUGGAGUCUAAAAGGCUCGCUCAUCAUUCUCUUUCUCCGUUUGACGAGAAGUACUAGACUCUACCAUUAUGUUCAAGCCGUAGGCGCUAUCUCAAUUGCUGCCUGCAUAGCCGCCAUCAUCACUCAAACCACACACUGCCUGCCUUUGAAGAGAAAUUGGCAAAUUCUUCCUGAUCCAGGCAAAGAAUGCUCAGCUGGCAUUGUGAUUAAUAUUGUGAUUGCUGUCGGGAACGUCUUGGUGGAUGCUUUGCUGCUCGUUGUUCCUUUAUGGAUGCUGAAAGAUGCAAAGAUCAGUCUGUGGCGCAAAAUUCGAGUCAUCUUCCUUCUGUCUCUCGGUCUCUUCGUUAUGGGCAUGGCUAUUGCACGCUGCAUUUUGUCGAUCGGCACCUCCGUCCAAGUUGCUCUCUCUUCAGUGUGGGCACAACGCGAAGCCAUCGUGUCUAUAUUUGCAGUGAAUGCACCUGUCAUCAACAGCCUCUUUCGAGCAGAAACAUGGGCAACAAGACACUCUUCGAGCGGCUACGUAUCCAAGGAUUCCCAUCGGUCGCGGACAAACACCAGUACAUUGGGAAAGAAGAAAAAGACCGGCUUUGAGAUAUACAAGAUGACGGAUAUCGAGACAAAGAUGACGGACUUUGAGACAAGCAGCAAAGAGAGCACAUCGGAACUGUUCAAAGAUCCAAUGCUAUCUCCAGUACCUUCGCAGUGGAGAUGUUCAGCGCGAGGAGCAAGUCAAGAUGGUGACCCCGGACGUAUGGCUUGA